AUGUCCACCUCAUCCAUUGGCACUCUCACACCCCAAAAUCUCUCGCCAUCGCCAAGAUCCCUUUCGUCGUCAAGAGCCAACUCUAUGGGCAUCCCAUCAAGUCAGGAUGCCAGCGCCUUGGAAGACCUUCAUCGAUUCCCCUGUGAAUCUUUACACUCUUUUUCAUUUGCACAACAAUCCGAGGAGUUACUCCACAGCCGCCACAAUAUCUUGAAGAGGUCCAUUGAUUUCAUGCGCGACCGGUUCGGAUGGGCGUCUAGCAGUACUGGGAUGCUAAGCCCUCAAGCUCGCAUGCGUGGCGAUCCGGACACCCAAGGGAUGAUAGAUCUCAUGUCCCAAUCAAGCAUAUCGGGGAAAGAGGGUAGGUAUAAUUAUGCGGGCACCGUGCGAGGUCCUAUGACUGGGCCCGCAGACAUGGGGAAUGAUAACAUCUUCGAGAAGGCCUUUACGGAGCUCCAUCUGCCUCUUCCCGAAGUCAAAGAGGUGCCACAGGAGCAUGUUUCUGCCGCGGAACAUCUUUCACCCUCCCAGCCACUAACUCAUGAAAUAAGAGGACUAAAGUCUGCUCCAGCAUCCAGACGCGUAAGCUUAAAACGUACUUACACGGAUGCCAGUUCUGCUGCUCAUCAGGGCAAGCUGAUGGAAUCUUUAGCUCAACCUUACUCGGCCGCGGAUCCUUUUUCCUCGCUUAGCUCCUCAACUUUUGGAUCCGCGUUUCCGGUGCCGGUUUUACAUACCCAUAGCAGCAAAUGGAACCCGGUCUCACAAGCGGUCUUUAGGACCGAGUCCAAGGCACCCUGGACUAUCCUAGCGGCUAACGACCUGUCAUGCCUUGUAUUUGGUGUUACACAAGCAGAGCUCCGGAAGCUAAGUAUUUUAGAGGUUGUACAGACGGAUCGACGACAGUGGCUCGAAUCUAAACUGCAGGAUCCUACAACUUAUGCCGCAGCCAAACUCCGUACAUCGCCCGAUAAACCACGUAUGAAACCUGCCAAUCCAAGAUCCAUGGGGAUGGGUAAUGGCGUCACUGCACAGCUGCUCAGUAAACCGCCUUCUCGGACACGACCUCCAAGGAGAGCUCAGACAGAUGAUGGCUAUGGGUCAAGCACCUAUGCCCCAAGGCCGCUAAAUCAUCAGGCAACGAAAUCACGCGGCGUUUUGCUGUGCGGCGAUGUAGUCCCGAUCCAAAAGCGCAAUGGGACAAAGGGUUCCGCUAGUAUCUGGGUUAUGGAAAAGCGUGGAGGCUUAAUCUGGGUUCUUGAAGAGAUCCAGGAAGAUGUCGCCUACAUUAACUGUGACGGGUCGUGGAAGGUGAAGGAGACCCGCGGAGACCCGGACAAAAUCUGGGGCCAGGGAAUCGUCAAGGUCGGGAAACAUCUGACCGAGGUGCUUCCUUAUAUUCCGCAGGACUGCCUUGAAAGCUCUGUCGAGAAAGGCUUCGGCAAGAUUGCUGAGCUAAAGUACUUUGCUGCACGUACCUCAAGCGCAAUCUGCACGCCUACCACGGUUACUAGGGAUGAGAGUUCUGGCUGUCUUCGCAUAUCCAGUUUUCCUCACGUCGCCGGCGUUAUGGUUUUGUCGUCAUCAUCAUUGAAGAUCAUCAGCUCAAAUUCGGUGUUCGCAUCUGCGCUGUUUGGUUAUGAAAGACCGGAAGGCCUAAAUAUUACCGACUUAAUACCUGGAUUUGACGACUACCUUUAUGUCAUCUCUGAGGACGAGAAUAUUCCUCUGGUUGAUGGUGUCGUUAUUCCUGAGUUGAGUUUCCGAAGAGCAAGAACCCUAUCUAUGCUGCGGGAUGGGAAGGCCAACGUUGCGUCAGUGUUUUUGGAGCCUGCAGGUCUCACGGCCAAACAUCGUGAUGGAUCUACCAUCGCAGUGGAUGUUCAGCUGCGGGUGGUCAAAAGCGGCACGAUCUUUCCAAAGCAACGCAAAGAGAAAGUCGGGAGCGAAAACGAGACCGACGAUACCUCCGAAGGUGCCGUGACGGUGACGGAGCUUGUUUAUGCGCUCUGGGUUACAUAUUCACGGAACAUUCAUUCCGCGGGACCACCAGCAAACUUCCACCCCCACGAUUCGAUUCCAUCUCAAGCAGCGAGCCCUGAUCUUACAACAGCCCUUCCUCCACAAGGCCCUCCAGGUGCAAACACCGAAGAGAUAGCCGUAGAAAGCAAAAUACCUGCUUCUACUUUGAGCCAGCAGCUCAGUGAAGCCGCAUCAGAACCACUAACUGACAAACCUGUUCAACUAAUGGCUGAAGUGAACCCACCUAAUGCGAUGGACACCCCCCAAAAACGGACGAUCGCUGAUUAUGUGAUACUUGAGGAAAUGGGGCAGGGAGCGUAUGGCGAGGUGAAGCUUGCGCGCCUGAAGAAAACCCCGGCUAAGAAGGUUGUUUUAAAAUAUGUGACGAAGAAGAGAAUUUUGGUGGAUACCUGGACCCGCGACCGUCGCCUAGGGACCGUUCCACUGGAGAUUCAUGUUCUUGACUACCUCCGGAGAGAUGGUCUCAAACACCCAAAUAUUGUGGAGAUGGAAGGGUUCUUUGAAGAUGAUGUCAACUACUAUAUCGAAAUGCUCCCGCACGGACUUCCGGGAAUGGAUCUCUUCGAUUACAUCGAGCUGAAAGCGAAUAUGGAUGAACAAGAAUGCCGAAACAUUUUCCGCCAAGUUGUUAGCGCUAUCCACCAUCUGCACACCAAGGCAUUGGUUGUCCACCGAGAUAUCAAAGACGAGAAUGUGAUUUUGGAUGGUGAAGGCAGAAUCAAGCUGAUCGAUUUUGGAAGCGCCGCUUACAUCAAGAAUGGGCCGUUUGAUGUGUUUGUGGGAACAAUCGAUUAUGCCGCACCGGAAGUUCUCCAAGGCAAAUCCUACCGGGGCAAAGAGCAAGAUAUCUGGGCCCUUGGUAUUCUCUUAUACACCAUUGUUUAUAAGGAAAAUCCGUUUUACAACGUCGACGAGAUUCUGGAUCACCCUCUCCGCGUCCCCUUUCUACCAUUUUCGGAGGAUUGCAUCGACCUGAUCCGUAGAAUGCUUGAUCGCGACGUGGAUAACCGCCUGACGAUUAGCGAAGUGAUGGAGCACCCCUGGAUGACUGACGAAUAA